CUAAUAACGAGCGUUGUGACCAUCGCCGUAUCUUAACUCUUAAGAGGUCAAAGCGGUGGUGGAUCAUCAAGUUGAGGAAAGAGAUGGAAGAAUAGGUUCAGUUCUCCACUGAUGGUGACCUAAUUUAUUCAUUACCUAUCAAGAUUGUUGCAAACUCUGAGCAGUGAGAAACGAGGAGGUAAUAGCGCAAUCAAAUUCGGGUUUUGUGAGCUAGCCAAGGAUCGGACUGAGUACACAUGGCGAGAACAUGCUCCCAGGAUGUGUUGUCCGACAUUCUUUGUAGAUUGCACGUAAAAUCUUUGAAGAGAUUCCAAUGUGUCUGCAAAUCUUGGUAUGCUCUAAUUAGGCACCCAAGUUUUGUCACCAAACACCUCCACUUUCACAGCAGACAGAACAAGAUUACUCGUUCCUUCCUGCUUUCUCACUCCCUGGAUCAACGUUACAGUAAUGAGUUGCCCAUUGAUCAACGAAAAGACACUUGUUUCAGCUUGGUCAAUUUAGACGAAACCGCUGGUGGUAUUGUUUCUCUUGAUUGGCUUAAGUUUUCAGAUAUUUCAGACCAAGGAAACAAGUUUCCGAAUUAUUGGUAUGGAGAUGUAGAAAUUUCUGGUCCACGCAAUGGCAUAUAUUGCCUGCAUGAAGCAUCUCAAGAUCACAGCGAUGUAAUUGCACUGGUGAAUAUUUCGUUGAGAGAAUUCAAGCUAGUUCCAAAACCAGAACAAUCGAUUAUUUGGCAUCCAGGUUAUUUUGCACUAGACUGGGUCGAAAUUGGUUUUGAUCCUAAAACCAAUGAUUACAAGGUGUUUUUUUUCAAGGAAUUAUGCAGUACUGAUACCCAGGAAAGUGAACGUCAGGCUGCAAUAUAUCAUUUAAGUUCUAAUUCAUGGAAAAAGCUAAGUGCUCCUUUGCUUGAGCAUGUUAUUCUAUAUUUUCGAGAUUGUAAUAUUACUGACACCUAUGUCAACGGACGUGUUCACUGGUUGGGUUUUGAGGACUACCCUGGUCGCAGAGAUUGGUGCAUUCUUUCUUUUGAUAUGGUUAGAGAAGUGUUUGCAAAGAUAAAGCUUCCAGACUUGAGUAUUAAUUGGGACGAAACUGAAUAUCUUCUUGCAGUGUUUAAUGAAUCUCUUUCUCUUAUUCUUUAUCCAAAGACGCCAGAUUAUCCCAUGUUUACAGGUUACAUUAAAUGUUUUGACAUAUGGGUUAUGAAUGACUAUGGUAACGACAGAUCUUGGACUAAGCUUUUCACAACUGGACCAGUUGCAUCUGCUUACAGACUACUAGGUUUUUGGCGAAAUGGCGACUUUCUUAUACAACAUGAUUUUGGAUACACCAUCUCUUACGACCCAGGUACCCAAGAGAUCGAGCCGGUUUGUUUUGGUGAAGGGCUUCAUUUGAACCAAUCUCGUAUCUACUCAGAGAGCCUAGUUUCAGUGACGGGGAAUGCACGAAAUGAUUUUGAAAUAGUAGUUGAAGACUUUCCCUUCGUCAUGACUCCAGACAUGAAGAGAGUCCUAGACUACAUAGAGAAAUGUCCAUCUUGUUCCCGUUUAACUUCUGAUUGAUUUUUACUUCUUCUUUAGACUAAAAGUUUUUGAAGUCUACAAUUCAAAUAGCUCCCCCCCUUUGUGUUGGCUUCAUAGUAUUUUGU